UUGACGCAUAAUAUAGAGCCACGUCGUUGGUUUGAGUCUUCCCUGCUUGCUGCGGCGCGGCGGUUUCCCAGCUGGCCCUCGGGUUCCUGCCCCGGGUAAUGCGGUAAAGUGCGCCCGCACGGGGAAUUAAAAUAAGCCGGUGUCGACCAGAAAAGUUGGCUUACAUGAACUAGUUGAAAGCUACCAUUAAAGUAAGUCUUCCUUGUUUGCCUCUUUCCCUCCACUCCCUCCUCUGUUCCUGAGAGUUCCACACCUCUCGCUAUUCCCACGCAUGUAUAUUAGCACAGUGUGGCUCUGAAGUUGCCUCAUCUGUGUCUUUCUGAGAGGGAUCAGAGGAGGAGAUGUCGAUAGGCGAGAGGAAGGGAAACGGCGGUGCUCUUCCUCGUUAGCUUCGGAUCUCUGGUGGCUGCCGCUUCUGAUUGAUAAGAAGGUGGAUCGGCCCCUGGAUUUACCUGCAGUGGAGCAGCUUAAGUGUGAGAGAGUAUGGAAUUCCGGCCUGGUUUGACGGAUCCGAGUCACGGAGUAAGAGAAAUGUCUUCGGGAUCUUCAGAUCCGAGCAGUAGCACCAGCAGUGGUGAUUCCCAGAUUAAGCGCUGCGCAGAUUGUCGAACCACCACGACCCCUCUCUGGCGAGCCGGUCCUUGUGGUCCCAAGUCGCUCUGCAACGCGUGCGGGAUCCGGUACCGGAAGAGCAGACGAGCGGUGCCGGUGUCGAAGGAAGCAGGGACGGGAAUGAGGAAGACGAAGAGAGAGAUUGAUGGCGACAGCGGCGGGGAGAGGUUUGAGGUGUCCUUUAAGCUUCGGAUGUUGGGGCCGGGAUUGUGCAAGCCGAGAUCCAUGGUUCAGAAGCAGAGGAGGAGAAGCAUGCUUGGGGAAGUGGAGGAGGCCGCAGUCCUCUUGAUGGCCCUCUCGUCCGGCUUCCUACAUGCCUAGGUUUAAGUCGAACAAGACAAAACGACCUCCUUUUUUGGUGGAUGCAAUGUAGUUGUUGUUGGCUCUAAUUAUCACUCUUGUGCUACUACUGUAUGAUGCUGCCAAGCGGUAUAGGGAAGCAUGUGGUUACCAUCUUAGUUAUAGUAAGACCUGAACUCCAAAACAGCGAUGAUAUCACCAAUUACUUUUGUGGUCGAGUUGGUGAAGCUUUGCUGCGUUGGAGCUCCUCGGAUAAUAAUAGUUUGUAGGUUCUAUCUAAAUAGUUUGCCGACUGAGAAGCUAAAACGUUUGUGCAUUUGGGGACCUUUGUGGUGAUUGGUUUGAGACAGCAUUAGCUUUUGGUAAUGGUUGUUGCUCGGUGAAGCAUUAGUUUUA